AUGUCCGCCUUGCUUAUGGUGCGUGUGUUGUGUGACUGGUUUGAACCUGAAGUAUUCAAAAACAGUCAAGUCAUUCGUCUGGGGGCCACCCCUGUUAGUCUGAGCUUGCUCUCUAUCCAGGUUUAUGCUUCCUCUUCAGAGAAGACUUCCAAAAAGGAGUUGCUGAAAAUUGAGGAGCUGUCACUCUACUCCUCUCCAGCUCGUGAGACGAAAUAUGUGGAGAAUCCACAAACUCCACUGGAAGAGGGGGUUUCGCGUUUACGGCAUGUUAUGGAGCCAUAUACAGCCUGGUGUCAGGAUCAUUAUGCCAAAGCUAUACCCAAAUUAGAAAAAGCUGUUGAGCAUGGUAGAGAGGGCUGUGAAUUUCUCCAAAACCCCCCUGCUGGAUUUUAUCCAAGGCUUGGUGUGAUAGGUUUUGCUGGGAUUGUUGGAUUGUUUCUUGCUAGAGGCUCAAAGGAGAAGAAGUUAGUGUAUCCCGCAGGUCUCAUGGGUAUUGGUACCUCCCUGUAUUACCCUCAGCAAGCGGUUGCUAUUGCAAAGGUUGCUGGUACACAUCUGUAUGACUGGAGUCUUCAGGGAUAUAUCGCUGUAGAAUCUCUUUGGAAGGACAAUCCUAAGAAGAAGAAAUCUGGGGAAAAAAGUGAUAAGGUAGGAAGUCUGAGGAACUUGAUUUCUGAAUUUACCACUGCGUUUUCAGACAAAGAAUACACAAACAAUA